ACAUCAGUUGUUUUGCUAAGUUUGUCUCAGUGUCUGUUAUAGGCAGGACUGCAUAUCCAUACAGACUUAUCUCAUUGAAACUCCUUGUUGGGACAUCUUGUCAAAUGGGGAAGUGAUUACCCUAUAGACUAUGACAACAGGAUAUGUGAAUGGAGGAAGUCUUGGAAAACACCGCUAUUCCAGAUGGAAUCGUGAGGACAGUGGAGAUGACGAUGGGCACCCAGAGUGCUAUGGAGGAGAUGAAGAAAGCAGGCAGCACAAGCUGAGCCCCUUCGAAAAAUUAAUGCAGGACAUGUCCCAGAACGAAAAAGUGGUGAGAGAAUUAACCCUUGGAAAGAGAAUUGGCUUCUAUCGAGUCAGAGGAGAAAUAGGAAGUGGGAACUUCUCGCAAGUGAAGCUUGGAAUUCAUGCCCUAACCAAAGAGAAAGUUGCGAUUAAGAUUCUGGAUAAGGCAAAGCUGGACCGGAAGACUCAGCGCUUGCUAUCGUGUGAGAUAUCCAGCAUGGAAAAGCUGCACCACCCAAAUAUCAUCAGGCUGUACGAAGUGAUGGAGACAUUCUCAAAGCUGUAUCUGGUGAUGGAGUACGCAGGCGGUGGGGAGCUCUUCACUAAAAUCAGUACAGAAGGGAAGAUGCUAGAAACAGAGUGCAAGAUAAUCUUCUCCCAGAUUGUGUCUGCUGUGAAACACAUGCAUGAGAAUAACAUAAUUCACCGGGACUUGAAAGCAGAAAAUGUCUUCUAUACCAGUAACACCUGUGUUAAGGUGGGAGACUUUGGAUUCAGCACAGUAAGUAGAAGAGAGGAAACUUUAAAUACUUUCUGUGGCUCUCCUCCGUAUGCUGCUCCUGAACUCUUCCGAGAUGAGAACUAUGUCGGCAUUUAUGUAGACAUCUGGGCACUGGGGAUCCUGCUAUACUUUAUGACAACAGGUAUCAUGCCCUUUCGGGCAGAUACAGUAGCCAAACUGAAAAAGUGCAUUCUUGAAGGAACAUACACUUUGCCUUCCUGCCUCUCAGAAACUUGCCAGAAACUGAUAAAAGGAGUCCUUCAGCCUGUACCAACUGAACGAUACUCCGUCAAACUUAUAAUGAACAGUGAGUGGAUGCAAGGAAUACAGUACCCCAGACCUUUACAGCCAUUUAAACUGGAUCCAAAGUAUUUAUCAGAGGUCAGUACACUCAAAGAAGAAGAAAUGGAAGUGAAAAACACUCUGGAAGAUCUGGGAAUCACAGAAGAGCACAUUCAAAAUAACCAGGGAAGAGACGCGCGCAGCUCAAUAACAGGCGUCUACAGAAUUGUUUUGCACAGAGUACAGAAGAGAAGGGCACUUGAAUGUGUUCCUAUCAUGUCCCACCCAGACCCCAAGGAACAAGAGCUGAGAACAAUCCAUUCAUACAGCAGGCUGAAGCACACAUCCAAGCUGUGUUCUGUUUUAUGAACUGCACUGCAGGCUUUAUACUCAGCACAUUUAGCAGAGUUUUAUUCACCUUUCCCAAGUUCUAGUGUCAAGUUUUGUAAUUUUUGAAUAAACCAAAAA